AUGUGCGGAGGAGCAGUUAUUUCCGAUUACAUAGCGCCGCCGAGAUCCGGCAGAUCGACACCCUACAAGUCUCCUUGGAGACACGACGACGUCGUUGACUUAACACUCGACGAUUUCGACGUAGAUUUUGAUGAUUUCGAGCUGGAGAACGAAUUCUCAACGACCAAGCAGCCGUUAUUCUCCACCACAAGCAAAACUCCCGCUUUUGACGUGAGGAAGAAGAAGAAGAAUAAGAGUAGUGAGUACAGAGGAAUCAGGAGAAGGCCAUGGGGAAGAUGGGCGGCUGAGAUUCGGGACCCAAUCAAAGGAGUUAGAGUUUGGCUCGGGACGUUCAACACUGCGGAAGAUGCCGCAAGAGCUUAUGACCUUGAAGCUAAGAGAAUACGUGGAGUUAAAGCUAAGCUCAACUUCCCUAACGAAUCAUCUUCAAGAAAGCGUAAAGCCUCUUCUUCUUCUUCACCACAGCCUCAUGGUGUUAAGAUAAAAGAGAAGCAUGAGGUUGCAGUGGCUAGCUCUGUCCUGUGGGAGGGGGAUACUAUUCAGGUUGAUACACAGUGGCUUGAGGAUGUCAUCAUUGGAGAUGUGAAGGAGAAGAAGAAGAAACAGGAAGGUUGUGAUGGUGAAGCUAACGUGAAUGCUUUGCUUUCGGAAGAGCUUCUUGCUUUUGAGAAAGAGACGGAUUGUUUCUUUCAGAUGCCGUUUAUGGAUGGCGGAGACUGUGGUUCAUCGACAUCUCUGAGUAGUCUCUUUGAUGGAGACAAUGUCAUGGAUCUUUGGUCUUGA